AUAAAUUUACAAAUUAAUUUUAUUAACACGAAUAUCCUGUAAUCCUAGUGAAUUAAAGUUGGACUUUUUAUCUGAAAGAAAAGAAAUGUUUGCGUUACAGGGAUUGAAUUAUUUUCAUCUCGAACGCAAAUAUUCGGAUAACGACAACAGAGUGCAGAAAAGAAAAGAAUUUCCUAGCGAAACUACAGAAGACGAGGCAGAGGAUGAGAAACAAGAAAUUGAUGAAAAUCAAAAAGAAGAAGACGUAGAAAUACAGAAAGUGAAUACCAAGAUAGAAGGAGAAGAAGAAGAGAACAAAGACGAGCAAGAAGAUACGCAAAUUGGAGAAUGCGCGAUUUGUCGCACUAUUAUCAACGAAACAAAUCUGGGCGGCAGUGUCGGCGACUCUGAGCAGAAUUCCGAAGGCUAUUUGUUGUGUCUACAUUGCGUACAAAAAUUUUCCAUUCGAUCAGGCGCGGAGCAUCUGCAAUCCCGAAGAUCGUACGGGAGCUUCUCUCAGGACAGAAGCAAUGAUCUCGGCGAUUGUGUACGCUUGAGAAGAACGUACGACUCACCGAUGUACUUGCAAUCGCCGUCUCAUCCAUUGGAAUUGCGGCGCGAUCAGUGGGCUUGCAGCAGGACGACGAUGUCCGGCGAGUCGAACAACGAGGCGAUAGAUUGCGAAAAGAGCUGCGGAAGACAGCGGUAUGGCUAUCGCAACCUGACGAGGAGAAACGACGUGGAUCGAUAUGCCUCCGAAAUUAAGGUCAAAAGUUCUUCUCUGCCGGCCUCCGCCGAUUGCUCCCGCAGACCCAUACGUUGCCCGCGUCUGGAUUGCUCGGUAAACGUCGCCUUCUCGGCGCUCACACAUCAUUUCCUCUUCGAUCAUCCCGAGGUACCUAUUCUCAGCGUCGAGCCCGGCACUAAGAGCACGCUCAUCAUCAGCUACGGAGCUCUCUCCUGCAACUCCAGUCGAUGUCUAGCUCUCUUGUUGGUAUCCGGAAAGCUCUCAGAUUCCGCAGCAAGAUUGUUCGGUGGCAAUCAGGUGAAUGCCAAGUAUCGAAAUCGAUUGCCUUUGCCGGUGCUGGCCGCGCGUUUGCACAGCAAUCGCAGUUACGCAAAUUGCGAAGAGGUACACGCCGGCGGAGAAGGCCAGUGUGAAAAAGAUGUCAUCAUCGCCUGGGUGGCUGGAUUAGAUGUCAGCGAUACAGCCGACAAACUUCGGUGUAGUAUCCAGGCAGUGGAUAACAUCGAGAACGGGGGAUUCCGAUCGCUCACGUAUACGGGCCCCGUUACGUCUCUGAGAGCCGCUCAAUGUCCACGCGACGUCUUCUUAGCCGGCGACUGUAUUGUCCUUCACGAGGGACUGAUCGGUCACAUCACUUCCGGCUGCACCAGUCUUAAUGUAAAUGUCAUUGUACACUAAGUCUAUUACGUAUCAAUGCAGGCCGUAUGUAUACA